AGCCCCCCCAGUGACCCCAGUAGCAUCGUAGUACCUCACCCCAGAAGAGGCAGGACGCCACACGUAAUCCUCGGGUGUCUGUUGCAUUUUUAAUAAUUUAUAUCAAAAUUAAUGAGACAAACGAUUGAAUUAUUUCAUUCUGCGAAGAGGAAUCCCCUGUCGGCUAUCUACACCCAAAUACCCGGUUUUCAUAAAGUUGUUGACAGUUGGUUACAGUGAUUGUCUGUUGUUAAUAGGUAAUUUCCCGAGUAAAGUCGCUUUAUCACAGAUGGAAACAACUCGCCUUCCAGUAACCUAGAUGACAACACCACAACAACAACAACAAUACGAGCCACGUAUGAACCAUCGACUUGUCAUUAAUUUUUCGGCAAGAUAAAUGCAAUUUUUUAAAUUAUCCAAUAAUUGAUUGUGGCUCUGUAAUGAGUGAUAUAAAAAGCGUCAUUAACUUAUUAUGCAAACACAUUGGCCAAUGUACGGAAGUGCAAGUACAUCCGGAGCAUUUCAAAGCAGCCAAGUAUAACGAAGAUUCACCGGAAGCUGCUCAAUGUUUUUGGACGUUGUUGAAUACUCUGAGUUUUUACGCAAUCAAGAAAACACAACCAGCACUCGAUUUUCAACAUUACGAUGAAGUUAAAUCCACGAAAUUAUCCUUUGCAUAUCUUCGGUAUCCGAGCAUUGAAUUCUACGGUUUAUCAAAUAAAGAUUCCCGAAAUAAUCGGGAACUUUUGUUGGCAUUGGCCUGGCUCAUCGGUGUUCACAAUGUUCUGGAAACUGCGAUGAUGUUCAAGUUGAUUAACAGUAUUUUAGGCGGAGAAUGUGUGCAGAGUGAUUCACUGAAACAUCAACAAGAAGAGAAUAACGAAAAGGUGUCUUUAGAUCUGAUCAAUGAAAUUCAGUCGAUCGUACACAAGUGCACGACAGUGAAUAAUAAUUUGAAGGACAUUAAUGAACUCAUCUCUGAGAGGAUAAAAUCAACGAGCCAAGUACAUGCAGCAUCUGCUAACAGCUGUGGACUCCCACAUCUGAAUGUACCGGAAAUGUGCAUUAUUAAACAAUUUGUGACACGUGAGGAUAAAUAUUCGGAGUACAACGAAAAGAAUCUUCUUGAUUUACAGCAAUUGGGAGUUAUGAUUGAGAUUAAUUCUAUGUGGAGGAGGAGCGAGGCGAUUUUUUUCGAUUGGAUGGUGAGGAAAAUUGGAUUGAAGGGGACAGUACUCAAAGAACACAAGCUAAUGCCACUGAUAGAAUUCUCCGAACAGGCUAUGGACGAAUUUUCCACGUUUAUUUGCAUUCUCCGGCACUUGACGAAGAAAAAAAUUCACUCAUUAAGGCAUUCCGACGGUCUCGACAGUGAAAAUAUCCCGAAGACUCCAUGUACCGCCAGAUUUUCGAAAACUCAACAGAGAAAUGCUAAUACAAGACUCUGGACUUCUGAAAUUGCUGAAAAACUUGAAGAAGAGCAAGGGAAAACCUCCGAGAAAAUGACAGAGUUGAUGUCAGAGCUGAAUACGCUCUUGAAAUCCAUUCCCAAUUGCAUUCAGAUUUGAUGAGAUUGUUGCAAUAAAAAAGUCUCUCAAAUACAAAUGAAACUUCUUUUGAGUUGAACUGUGAAAAGCUCUUAAUAAUUAUCAAUAACGUCUUUGAGUUAAAUUUAAUUCCCAGUAAGAUCUGCGUUCAUUCAAUUCUGAAUGCAAUUUUAUUUCUAAUCCCAUCGUUCGCACAUUCGUCAUAACAGAAAAGUAAAUUAAUGAAAUGAUGAAGAAUAAGUGUUGGGCAAUAUUCUUUAUUAAAUAAAUUACUUACAAAUCCUCGCAUGCAGGAAUCUUGUUACUGAAUCAUUGGAAUAUCUAAGAAAAUCGUUUUGUUUUUCUGCACAAAUUCAUACAGCGAUCAAAUUUUGUUUUAUCUUCUUCACUAAAAAUACAGUAGACUUGAUAGGCCGCUACUACUUAGAAAUUCCUUACAAAUUUAUUCUCUCGUAUUGUUUGCUAAUCCUCAUCGCUAUGUACAAAAUCAAAUAAUCAAUUAUGUGAUAGAAAUUCAUCUGGUAGAGAUAAUUGUUUCCUUCUUCCCCGUAGUUUCUUUUCCUCCAUUCAUAUAUUCAUUUCUUAAUUUUAUCUCCA